GGUGAUUCCUACGGUCACUGAGGGCUGCUUCCUACCGCUGCCUACCGCGCUCCGUGGAGGGGGGAAACUAUUCCUUUCUUUUUUUUUUUUUAUAACCUCCGGAUAAAUUAUCAACCACGGCGAUGAUACCGCCGCCGAUAAAAGGUUGAUGUUUCCUCGCCGGGCGCCCCCAGGGUCGCUUCAAAGCCUGACUGCCGCCGCCGCCGACAGCUCACCGCCCGCCCCCUGAGCGAGCCGAGCCGAUCCAUCGAUCGAUCGAUCGCCCUCCAGCCCCGACAAGACCAAGCGCGCGAGGCCUCCGCUGCGUCCGCCGGCCCCGGGUACGAGCACAACGGCGUCAGAGUCGCCCCGAGCGCCCAGCUGCUGCUCCGGCCGGACUGCGUCGCCAUGGACACGGAGUCCACCUACUCCGGCUACUCGUACUACUCUGGGCGCUCCCGGGGUUCACACAGGCACGGCGAGCGAAGCCGGGACCGCCACAAGUCGCGCAGCAAAGACAGCCGCUCGGAAAAGUCCGUGACGAUUAACACGCCGCCCGCCGAGCCGCUGCUGGGCGACUCAUCUGUCCGGGGGGAGCAGGUCCAGGAUGACAACUGGGGCGAGACGACCACGGCCGUCACGGGCACCUCGGAGCACAGCCUCUCCCAGGAGGACAUCGUCCGCAUCACCAAGGACCUCGAGGACAGCGUGGGGCUCGACUGCCGCCGCUACCUCACCCGGACGGUCGCCGUGAUCCUGGGCCUGCUGGUGUUCCUCACCCCGCUGGCCUUCCUGGUGCUCCCGCACCUCCUCUGGCCGGAGAAGCUGCAGAGCUGCGGGACGGCCUGCGAGGGCCUCUUCAUCUCCGUGGCCUUUAAGCUGCUCAUUUUGCUGCUGGCCGUCUGGGCGCUCUUCUUCAGACCGGCGCGGGCGGGCCUCCCGCGGGUUUUCGUGUUCAGGGCCCUCCUCGCUGUGCUUGUGCUGCUCUUUGUAGUCUCCUACUGGCUUUUCUACGGAGUCAGGAUACUCGACUCACAGGAUGAGAACUACCAGGGCAUCGUGCAGUACGCCGUGUCCCUGGUGGACGCUCUGCUCUUCAUCCACUACCUGGCCAUCGUCCUGCUGGAGCUCCGGCAGCUUCAGCCGUGCUUCUCUCUGUGCGUCACGCGCUCCACGGACGGCGAGACGAGGCACUACAACCUGGGACAGCUCAGUAUUCAGCGGGCGGCUCUGGCUAUCAUAGAGCACUACUACUGUGACUUCCCAGUCCAUAACCCAGCCUUGCUUUCCGCCUCCAAAUCCCGCGCCGCCAAGCACCUGGCCGGCCUCAAGGUCUACAACGUGGAUGGUGAGUUCCCAGCAGCCCCUGCUGAGGGUCCAGGAAACAAUGCAGCUGCAGGACUCGUCCACUCCCAGUCCAGAGCUAUGAUUGCCGCCGCGGCCCGACGCAGAGACACGAGCCACAACGAUCUGUACUACGAGGAGGCCGAGCACGAGAGGCGCGUCCGCAAACGCAAAGCGAGGCUGGUGGUGGCAGUAGAGGAGGCCUUCACCCACAUCAAGCGCAUGCAGGAGGAAGAGCAGAAGAAGGCUCCCGGGGACGUGAUGGACCCACGGGAGGCGGCGCAGGCCAUCUUCCCCUCCAUGGCCCGGGCGCUGCAGAAGUACCUGAGGACCACGAAGCAGCAGCACUGCCACAGCAUGGAGAGCAUCCAGCAGCACCUGGCCUUCUGCAUCACCAACAACAUGACGCCCAAGGCGUUCCUGGAGAGCUACCUGAACCCGGGUCCGACCUUGCAGUACAGCCGGGACCACUGGUUGGCCCGUCAGUGGACGCUGAUCAGCGAGGCGUCGGUCACCAGCGGACUAAAGGACGGCUCCCUCUUCCUGCUCAAAUGCGUGGACUUCAGCCUGGUGGUGUCGGCCAAGAAGAUCCCUUACAUCCAAAUGUCAGAGGAGUACAUCGACCCCAAAUCACACAAGUUUGUCCUACGGCUACAAUCCGAGACCUCUGUGUAGCACUCCACAUGUUUUUUCUUUUUUUUUUUAUUCCUUCCCCCGCGAUGCGUUGCUCUCAAAUGUUUUCAUUUUGGGUUUUGCAGUUUUUAUUUUUAAAUUUUUAUAUAUAUAUAUAUAUAUUAUAUAUAUGAAUCUAUAUAUCACACACAGUUGAAUAUAUUGAUCUUUUAAUGUUGGAUGAAAAAAAGAAGAUUUUUUUGCUCACGGUUGUUGGACGUGGUUGUGUGCACAUAUGUGUGAGUGGAUGUGUGUGUGCUUGUGUGUCAGUUUGGGUCAACACAAUCACUUCUUUUUAAUUUUUUUUUUAAGCGUUUGAGAUGCUGGAGCCAAAAAAAAAAACUAAAAAAAACAAACAAAAACAAGACUCUGCGGUCUCUGCGUUGGACUUCUUCUGUGUGAUGGACGGACGGACGGAAAGACAAACCACUAAGGACAGUCUGAUGGAAACAAUUUCGCCUGUGGUGUUGUCUCGUCUGCAACACUUGGAAGUAUUUGGGUCGUGUUGGAUGACAGUGAAAUGGUGUCUAGGGAAAAUCAAAUGAACCAACUCAAAUGCACAUUCAUGUAUAAGAAGUUGCCUAAAACGUGGGGGCAUGUGCAGAUACACUGUCGCCCCCUUUGAGCAGCCAAAGUGUGACUCCUUGAAUUAUUUUGGUGCAGGAUUCGUCGUCUCCAGGUGCGUGAAUCUGAAAUAUACCCCCCCCACCCCACCCCCCCUCCAGCUGGGAACGACACGGUGUAAAGAAACAUCAGAGUGAACUCGGAAUGAACCGGACAAAACAGGAGACGUGCCCAAAAAAACAUUUGCCCUUCCCUCAACGGUUCAGUAACCUUCUCAGGGGCUUUUAUGUCUGCCACAUCUGCCUGACGUGAUGGAAAGGGAAGGCAGCGGGGAGGAGACGCUGAGCUGCGAUGAUGUACUACUGAUUCUCCAGAACAGAAGUCGCUGUCUGGAUUACGCCGCAUCCAGUCCGAAUAAAUAAAUUCUGUAAAAGUCUGACAAAGUUUUUAAAGAGUGUCCGAGGCCACCGUGGUUUUAAAUAGAAUAAUGUCCAUUUUCGUAGCUGCCAACCUGAUGUGUUUUUUUAUUUUUAUUUCCAGCAGAAAGGCUAGAAAUAGGGAGGAAAGAUGGAGGCCGAGAGGGUCCUGAGUCUGGCUUCAAACCCAGGUAUGUUACAUCUUAACCGGUAGAUGAGCAGGUUUCUCUAGACAGCAACUAAACACCUGAUUCAUUUGCUUUAAAAUUAGUUUUUAAAGGCAUCAGGGUUUUAUGACUAGAUAUUAUUAUAUAUUCUGAUAAAUCAUCAGCUGCAGGGUGGAACCUCCUCUCCCAACUGGACCGUCUGGUUUUCCCUCCUCUCGUUGCCUCGUCUCACCUCUGUUGUCUGACAAACAUGCAAAUCCCUCGAGGUCGGGCCCUUUUGCGGAAAGCUCAGAAGGGAGUCGUCUUUCUUGGUAUUUCUUUGAACCGAUAAAUACAAAUAAACCCACACAAAUUGCGCAUUUAAAAAAAAAAAAAUGAUCAAGAUUACGUGCGUUAGUCUUUUCCAGCCACAGCUGAGCUGGUAAAUUCCCUAAAGUUGUAGAAAUGUUGCUCAUUUAUAGGUCAGUCAAGCAGAAGAAAGCUGGGUUGUCCCGUACUGCCCCCUGGUGGCUGGUAAAACUAGGAUCGUCACUGAGAGGCACGUUUACAUAUAGUCAUACUUUUUUUUUUUUUUUUUUUUUUACCAAAAACGUUCACUGUAAAACGUUUCCUCUUCAACUCCAACUCUUUUAUUAUGAAAAGCACCUGCCACUGGUUAUAUUUUGCACCUACUGACAGACGAACUUUGUAUGUGACUGUGCCUCCUGUUUUUACACUGUAUCUAUUUAUGUAAACAAGCCUGUGUGUGUGUGUGUGUGUGUGUGUGUGUGUGUGUAUGCAAGGCAUUCCAGUUCACAUGACCAGCCUCUUCUUCUUCUUCUUCUUCCCCUCUUCUCCUCCUCUUCUUCAUCACCACCACCGUCUGUUGCCAGGUUACACUCCUCUGUCAUAGCUCCUUUUUUUUUUAUUUGUUGUUGUUGUUGUUGUUGUUUUUUUUCUAAAUGGAAAGCUUUACGAUGACGACGUGACAUUGCAAUGUAAGACAUGGUUCAGUCUCACCGCGUUAGCGUUUGUUAAAAAAACAAAAUGAAAAUAAACAUUUUUAUGAAGAUUUGUAAAA